UUAUAAAAAAUCCAUUGCGGGCUUUUUUUAUCACGGAUUUUUUUUUUUUUUGUGCCAUACAAUUAAACACCCUUAUUUGGGUGGCCUCUUCUUCACCCUUUCCGUUCCUUUGUUCAUUUUUAUUGGAUACUUUUAGUUCACUCACUUUUUUGUCUGUGCCUCUUUUUUUUUUUCUUCCUCUCCUUCCUUUUUCCUUGUUGUAAAACCAUAAAAGUCGCUUCACUUUUACUUUGUCCCCUUCCAUCGGUUCGUCAUGGACAUUUUUGGACGAAGCAAAGCAAAAGCGAAACGACGACCCGAUGCUCCCGCUCCUUCAAUCGCCGCAACGCAGCGAUCUUCUCAAACGAGUGGGCAUUCGCUUUCUGACCAAUGCCAUGGUUCUCAAUUGGCCUCUUCCAAUAGCGCUUACACUUCCAUGGCCUCGAGUAUUUCGGCAGAAGACUACUUUUCUGGCAUCGGCGAUGGUUCAUCCAUACGUAGUUCUCAAUCCUCUAUAUCCUACUCUAUACCCAGCACUGACAGCGAUGCCACCCAUCCCGACCAUCUAUCCGAUUACGAAAUUGAAGAACUGUUCGAAAAGAUGCUGAUACGUCGUGGCAUUCACGACGCCAGUGCACGUAACGUCAUGAUGGCAUUUCCCGUCGAGAAGAAACGAUUGAUGGUAUGUCAGGAUAUUCAAGCGGAAGCCGGAGUGGCAAAUAUCGUUUCAAGACGAGGUGGACCGCAGACGGCCAAGGAACCAGAUAACAGUGGGCCUGAAUACUAUGUCAAAAAGAUGGGCGAUGUCGCGACAAAAGGCAUCAACGGAAAACUGCUGGCUCACCUAUCAGUCAGUUUACGCACGACACCAUUGAGCUGGGUGCGGCAAUUUAUCGACAUGCGUGGAUUGCAGAUCAUGACCGAUGCAUUGGCCUUCCUUAAUAACAUGAAAAAUAAAAAUGAAGCCGAUACCCAAACGGAGAGCGAGAUUCUCAAAUGCUUCAAGGCGUUGUUGAACAAUAGGAUUGGUGCAAGAGAAGCUAUCAAAAAUCCACAGUGUAUCCAACAAAUUGUCUAUUGCUUGACGUCACCUUCAAUGAAUACGCGACGCUUGGUGUGUGAAGUCUUGGUCUUUUUGUGUUACUUUGACGUUCCGUUAGGCCAAGAAUUGGUGUUAAAGGCGAUGGAUCAGUUACGAAAUGCGCAAAAAGGAUACGGACGAUUCGAUGCAUGGUUCAAAGAGUUGAGCGUUGCCAUUGGCGGUCGAGGCCGAAUGGGUAGUAUGGUCGGUGCGAGCGAAGAUUUCAAGCGUCUUGCUGCAAAUGGUGCUCCUGAUAAUCAAUUAACGGAAUAUGCGCUAUACAAUAUGAUCUUGGUCAAUGCAAUAAUCAAUGUGAUGGACGAUCCUGAAGUGAGAACGCAUGUGCGAAACCAAAUGAAUGCAUGUGGAUUGGAUCGUUUAGUGGAAAAAAUGACGGAGUUUGGUUGCGAACACAUUGAUCGGCAAAUCCAUGAAUUCAAGGCCUUGGCAGAAAAUGAUCAUGAAGAAAUUAUGGAAAUGUACCACGAUCGAGUGCUACGCGAUCUCAACGACCCCAGAGAUGUAUUCGAAUGUGUCUUGGCGAGUGUGGAAGGCACCCGCGGUUACGAUUUUUUCCUGAGUUGUCUUCAGCAUUUGCUACUGAUCCAUGAAGAAGGCGGACUAAAGUCACGAUAUUUCCAAAUCAUCGACAAUCUCAUCUCCCAAGUGGUCCUGGAUCACAAAGGGCUGGUAGAGGAUUUCUCAUCAUCCUAUGGCACUUCCGUACGACAUCUUGUAGAAAAGUUUGCAGAUCAAGAUCAGCUCCAGGCCACCUUUGAAGAGAUUAAACAUUUGCAGCAAAUGUACGAUGAAUUGACCGUGGAACGGGACGGUCUUCAGCAACAACUAGCCGAAAGAGGAGACGGCGUCACCGUGAUUCAGCUGAAAGAAAAAAUCGAAUCUCUUGAGGAUCUUUUACGUAUGUCUCGUCAUACGAUCUCGACGCUCCAGGGCAAACUUCGCGAUCUGCAACAUGAUUACGAGAAAAACAUUGAAGAGAUGGAGAACAAACUUGAUGUCUUUUAUAAAGCCAUUGAGACAGCGGAGGAUGCGGACGAUAAUGAAGACGCAGAAAUUGUGAUUCGACGAAAGGAUCUCACCAAAGCGGUUGGUCGGAUGAAAGCACAAGAAAGUCUCGAGGGACGAGGGAAGGACGGUUCCUCGCUGAAAAAAGAAAACCCUGACGCCGAAAUUGACAAAACUCGAUACCGGUCCAUGGCUAUCGGAUUAUCAGAAGAGUUCAAAAACCAGUUGGCCAUGCAGUUUGGUAGCAGCAGUGGCCUUGGUGAUUUCAUUUUGCCGGGGACCAAACCUUUGAUGGGAUCGGUCAAUCGAUCCGGCAACGGUCGUCGAAGGGCCGCCAAAGCACACCAGCGGAACGACUCGGAGGUCACUGAAAGCUCCUCUGUUCAAUCCCUUGGAUCCAUUGCGGAUCUUGUCAGCAAGCAAGCCCAGUCAUUCUUGAAUAGAAAUGAAGUGGAGACUGCUGACAGUACUCGCAGCCCGACUUGGAAGAUAAAUGAUGAAAGCCGGUUAGCGACAGAAGAGAAUCAAGACCCUCAAAAUGACAACAAUACUGCACUACAUGAUUUUAGCCUCGAACCAUCAGCAGCGAUACUUGACGGUCAAGAUACCCGUACAUCACCACAUAAUGCAUCGAAUGAAGCGGGAGCUCCACCACCACCGCCGCCACCUCCUCCACCACCGCCACCGCCACCACCACCAGCUUCGUUUGCACCUGUUACAAAGGGGGCAGUACCAUGCCCACCACCUCCGCCUCCUCCGCCACCACCACCACCACCGUCAUCAACAUCUGGCGCUUCGCCACAUGUUUCCGUCAAGAGUCCCCAACUGCCCUCCAAUGAUAAUCAGGCAACAUCCUCUGCUCCUGCAUCGACGGAGCCUCCGAAACCGCCACCACCACCAUUCAACGUGUUGCGACGCAAAGCCAUGAAUCAUUUACCUUCCGUGAAAACUCGUGCACUUCAAUGGCAGAAACUGAACGCAAACCAUAUUAAAUCGACCAUCUGGGGAUCCAAUAGUCUAGACGAUGAAGCUCUGGAAGCUUUAUUCGAUUCGGAGGGUAUCUUUAACAAAAUGGAAGAGAUGUUUGCUCAGAAAAUUGUCAAGUCGCAAAAGAAAUUCCCCCAAGACAAGAAACAGGAGAUCUGCAUCAUUGACGCCCGAAAAGCAAACAAUAUCAACAUAGCUGUUUUGGCUAAAACGAAGCAUAUGACAUUUGCAGAAUUCAAGAAAAAGAUUCUCGCUGUGGAUGAAAAAUUCUGCACGGAAAUCUUGCUGCGCAAUUUAUAUGCCAACGCUCCCACGCCGGAAGAGAUGGGAAAAUUGGCCGUCUUUAUAAAGACUGCAUCGGAGGAAGAUCUCGAGAACUUGUGCAAAGCGGAUGCCUUUUGCGCCGAAAUCAUGACCAUUGAUCGUUUCAAAGAACGCGUCGGUAAUAUGCUCUUCAAAGUGACUUUCCCCGAAAGAAUCGCCCAGUUAAACAAGAAUAUGAUGAAUGUCAUGGACGCGUCGACUUCACUCAAAGAGUCAGAGGCUUUCAAAGAGUUUUUGAAUUUGAUAUUGAUGGUCGGCAACUUUUUGAAUGGCACCAAUUUCCAAGGUGGUGCAUUCGGUAUCCAUAUUGGAAGUAUUAACAAGCUUGUAGAUACCAAAGCUUCCAGUAACGAUACCACCUUGUUACAUUUCCUGAUCACAAUGAUUGAAGAAAAAUUCCCACAUAUUGGCGACAAGUUGCUGGAUGAUCUGAAAUUAUGCGGCGAAGCCUGCAGAGUGACCAUUCAGGAUUUAAUCAAGGAUUACAACGAGUUACGUGUUGGUUUGCAAACCAUGAUUCACGAGCUUGACCGACAUUAUGGAGCUGACUAUGAGGCCAGCGAAGGAGACCGAUAUGCCAACGUCAUGAACGAAUUCCGUGACGUUGCCAUUGAGAAGUUUGAUCAACUGGAAGCUCGUUACACGUUUAUGGAUAUCGCGUACAAGGAUGUUGUGACCUACUUUGGCGAAGAUCCCAGUGACAUGAAACCCGAUGAAUUCUUUGGUAUCUUCAAAACCUUUACAUCCAGUUGGGAGCGCGCCAAGAGUGAUCUUAUCGGACAGCGAAAGAAGCAAGAGCAACUUGAAAAAGCGCGGCAGUUUGAGGAACAGCGACGGGCACGACUUCAAGCAAAAUCAGAAAAUGAUAUGAAUGCUGGUUCAUCCGAAAAUCAAGAGGAUAAACAUAUCAUGGAUAAUUUAUUGGAGAAAUUGCGGUCAGGAGAGAUGUCAACAGCGUCUAAACGUAGAAGCCGAAGAAUGUCUACCCGAGAGCGACGACGUACGCGAAGCGAAUCCAUGGUCAUGAAAGCAGAGGACCUACUAAAGCAUAUCCAAAGCGAAGAAGACCCUCCAACGCCUACAGGAUCACGGUCACGAAGUAAUUCCAGAGCGUUGGCCAGUUCUAUUCGAAUGCGAAGGUUGGCUUCUUUGGCAGAGGAAAAAGAAGUUUAUUGAUUUGAACCUAUAUCCGCAGUUACAUGCACAUCCCCCCCACGCAUCCAUACACCCUCUCUUACUCUUGUAAUUUGUAACAAAAUAAAAAAAAAAGAGAAAUGCAUAUUUAUCCAAUGUUUUUC